UAACAGUAGUCUAGUCUCCGUAUGCGGUGUAGUGUCCAGACAGGUGAAUCACUGCAUAUAUUGUUUUAUAGAUAUCGAAAUAAAAUAAAUUUUUAAUAUUUUGUUGAACGUUUAUUGCAAUUAACUUAAAUAAAAAAAUUAAUUAGUUAGUUUUUAAUGUACAAAGCACAAUCCUAGUGUUUAAAAUAAUUGUUAAACAUCAAAAUUCUAAUAUUUUAUUUGAGAAAUGAAUUUAUGUGAAAAUGUGUAUAUUAACAUAAUGCUCUAACUUAUAAACCGAUGCAUCAUGAGAAUUUGGCGUAUCACAGUUUUGAUUUUUAUUAUUCUAAAAUAUUCGAAAAAUACUUUAGGUAAAGGUAUUGGAAUACAUUUUAAUCGAUCGCCAGAAUCUCUUGUUGCUCCUCUUCAUGAUGAAGUAAUUUUUGAUUGUGCUUUAAACAUAACUCCAGAUAAUAUUAAAUGGUUGCAUAAUUCUAAAGAAAUACCUGCCUUGUUUCGUUCUACUUCAAAUAAUGGACUUGUUGUAAAAGUAGACGAUAUUACUCGAACUGGAGAUUACCAAUGUGUCGCAAUAUUUGGUUCAGCUGCUUUAAUCUCAACUGCUGCUACCCUCAGUUUAGCAACAUUAAAAGAAUUCAACAGUUCAUCAUUAUGUGUUAAUGAGAAAAUUACUAUAUCUACUGGCAAUACAAUAUCUUUAAAUUGUGGCAAACCCAUUCAAAGUGAUCCUCCUGCAUUAAUUCAAUAUUAUAAAAAUGGUGAACCAUUGAGUAGAACACCAGUGUCUACUGCUGGUUCAAUUUUAUUAAAAAAUGUCAAAGCUGAACAGAGUGGUGUUUAUACAUGCUCAGCAACAAAUAAUAUAGUAGCUCGAGAAGUAAAAUCACCUAUGUCACUUAAUCUUGAUUUUCGUUCAAGUUUUACUGCACAAGCUCCACAAUUUAUAACUAAACCUCCAUCAUUAUAUAUUGCUCAAAAAAAUUCAAAUAUUAGUAUAGAAUGUGCCCCUUAUGGUGAACCAGUUCCUACAAUACAAUGGUUUAACAAUCAUAAAACAAUACUCAUUAAUAAUAAUAAAACAACUAUAGAGCCAGGAUUAUUAACUAUUAGCAAUCUUAGCAUAGAAGACUCUGGUGUAUAUGAAUGUUUUGCUGAGAAUGUAAAUGGUAGAAUCAAUUACGAAAUUAAAUUGGAAGUUCAAGAAUCACCAAAUAUUAAAAAUGGACCUAAUGAACCUGUAAUUAUAAAUGAAGGUACAUCAGAAAUACUAAAAUGUGAAGCUGUUGGCACACCAACUCCAAAAAUUUCUUGGUAUUUAAAUGGUGAAAUUUUAACAAAUAAUAGAAAUAUUAUUGUCAAUGAUGGUGUUUUGACCUUAAAUAAUACACCAAAGAAUUAUUCUGGCUUCAUACAGUGUUUUGCUUGUAAUACAUUAGGAUGUUCAUUUUGGUCUUCUACACUUCAAGUAAACCCUAAACAAAUUAUGUAUCUAACACAUCAACAAAAACAGCAACAUUUUAUUGAUGAUAAUACAACUCAUUCUCCUCAACGUGAUAGAAAAGACCGAACUCAUAAAGGAAAAAAUAGAAGAAAAGAAAAAAAGAAAAAAGAGAUGAUUCCACCUUCUAAGCCAAAUGUUACACGUUUAACUGAAAAUUCUGUGAUGGUUCGUUGGUACGUUCCACCAAAUAAUGGAUUAGAAAUAAGAUUUUUCAAAGUUCAGUACAAAGAAGUUGGUGCUGGAGGUAUUUGGAAUACAAGCAGUGAUGAUAUUCCUAUGCAUAUUCGUUGUUAUCAAGUUGACAAAUUACUACCAGAGCGCAAAUACAUAUUUCGUGUCGCUGCUGUUUAUUCAAAUGAUGAUCAUAAAUUAGGAUCAGUUUCAGAACACUUUUUUUUGAAUAAAGGUCCUCCAAAUAGAUCUUUAAUACCACCAACAUUGGUUUCUGCUAAACCAGUUAAUAACACUUCUAUCUUAUUAGAAUGGCAGUAUUUAAAUUCGGUUUUGGUGCCAGUACAAGGAUUUUAUGUAUAUUAUCGUGCCACCAGUACUGCAGGAGAUUAUACAAAAGCUAUUGUAGAUGGUCAAGAUGCUCGUACUUUUAUUGUAACACAUUUAUCUCCAAACACGUCAUAUGAUAUAAAAAUGCAAAGUUUCACUGUUCGUGAAGCGUCCAAUUUUAGUGCAAUAUUUAUAAAUAAAACUUAUGGCGAACUAAAAUCUAUAACAGAUAAUCCUAAAUGGAUUGAUAAUACAAUUGAAAAUAAUAAUAUUAAUUCAACUAUUAAUGGCAUGAAAUCAUUGUAUGUUUUACUUGGAGCUAUAGCAUUAGUUGUAGGAGCUAUAUUAUUGUUAAUAUUCUUCUUAGUAUUUAUGUAUAGUAGACGUGUUUCAUCUCAAACUACAGAACUAAACAAGAGUUCAGAAGCAGUAUCAGGACUUGAACCUUUAUCAAUGAAUGGAUUUGCUUUAAAUAAUGGAAAAAUUAUAAAUGGUUGUGCAGUACCAAUAACAACAGACCAUAAUCUCACCCAUAAUAACCAAUCUAAUGGAUAUAUAAUUCAUCCCAUUAACAUUACAAACAAUCCACUUGCUCCAGAUGCAAAGAAUGCCAUAGAAAUUUCAUAUUUAACAAAUCAUAAUAAUAAUUGUUCAGAAAAUGAAAUAAAUUCAUUAUCUAGGCGAGCUAUGCCUAUACCUCCUGAUACACCAAGAACAUGGCGUUCGAAGGAUACUAAAGAAGAAAACUAUGUAUGAUAAUUUCAAGACUGAUUGAAUCUUAAAAAUUUAUUUAUAAAUGUUCAAGAAAAACUUACAAGACUGAUGUUAAAGUCCUGUUAAUAUUGCUCAUCAAUAUAAUAUUUUUAUGUCAAAACUUUACUUAAUUUUUUAUGAUUUUGAACUUGAACAAUUAUUUAAAUAUAUUAUAAUAACUUUUUAUUUGUGUAUUAUAGUUUUCUAUAUAUAUAUAUAUAUAUUACAUUUUUACUUAAACAUUAUUUUAUGUUUGUUAACUAAUGUCCUAA